UGCGUUUGAUCAGCGUUGUUAAGGUGGCUUUAAAAUUAUUCGAUAUCUUCACAGUGGUUUUAUCUACAGUGUUUUUUCCUGUCGACAUGCCGCGUGGACGAUCAGCAACAAGUGUUCACUCUGACAGCAGUGAAAUGGAUUUUGAUGGAAUUGCGGAGACAGAGAUAGGGAAACUCCAGAGGCAGUUUCGCAUCAUGGAAGGAGAUCGUCAGGCGUACAGCAUCCAGUCCCAGGAGAUCCUCCGCAAACAACGUCUGGAGAUGGAGAAGCUACGCAAGGAGCAGGAGGAGUUGCAGAAGAGACUGUGUGUGUCGGACAGUGACGCUCACAGGCUGAGUGAUGACCAGAAUGGCCGGCGACUGCGUUCACUCCUGACCCAGGGCAAUGAGCUGCAGGAGGAACUGGAGCAGGAGCGCCGCAGUCAGACAGAGCUGGAGAAAGAGAUACUGAAUGUUGAAAAGAAACUGGCCGAGCUGAGAAAAGGAGAGGUCAGUGCCUCGAGUACCCAGCAGUCUCUAGUGCGACACACCCGGAAGGCCACUUGCACACUGGAGAACAAACUGGACCGGGCUCUUGUUCGCUUUAACCAGCAGCUGACCCGGAACAGGCACCUGCGGGAGGAGUUGGAGACCCUGCGGGUGGAGAGACUGCGCUUCCAGCAGCUCUACCACAAGCUGGACAAGGAGCUGCAGGAGGUUCGGAGGGAAGCAGGCGAUGUCAUCAGCACAUCGACAGCAGCUUAUGAUGCCAGAUUGGAGGCCCAGUCGAAGAUGAUGAUGAUGAAGGAGAAGGCCGUGAAAGACCUGGCACAGUACAGCUCAGAAGUAAAGGAGCUUGAGAGGGUGAUCACCCAUGAGCGGCACCUCAGAGAGUUCAUGACCACCAAGUCCAAAGAAAGAAGUAACCGUGGCAACACGCAGGAGCUCAUUCGUAGACAAGAACUGAAGGCGCAGCAGAGGGCAGACUCUGGGGAGGAAAGCAUGGAAACACUCGAGGACGUUUUCCAGCGUAUUCAGAAGGUGACAGAAGAGGAGGAUCUGGAAAAACUGGUGAACCGAUUCCUUCAGGUUGAGGAUAAGAACUUUGCUCUCUUCAAUUAUGUAAAUGAGCAGAACACACAAGCUGAAACUUUGCGGGAUGAAAUCAGCCAGAUCAAAGAGGAGAUGGAGAGGUUUCGGGUGGAGGGUGUGAGGCAGGUGGAGGAGCAUCACAUGGCCCUGAAGCAGGUGGAGGAGCAGCAGAGGGAGGCAGAGUCUCACGCCCUGGAGUACGAAGCCCAGGCCAACAUCAUCGGCAAAGUUCUCGAUCAGAUCAAAACAGGAGUGAACAGCAUCUUCAUUAAGAUCAACUGCGACCACGCGAUGGUGGACGACUGGCUGGACUCUUCGUCCAGGAUCAGAGACAGCAGUAUCAUGAGCUACCUGAGUCUGGUGGAACAGAGGACCAGCCAGCUGCUUACACUGCAGGCCUUUCUCAACUCCAAGGACCUGGAGAAGGAUUAUGACCCAAAGAUGGUGGCUCAGUGCCUGCUGGGACAGAAUCCAGAGCUGCAGAAAGAGACAGCUGUCAUUCGGCCUGCUGGUACUGGGGAAGACAAUGACUCUGAAGAGUCACUGUUCACAGAUGAGGAUGACCGGCCUUUGACCCAGGAAGAACUUCGGCAGCGUAUCAUGAAUAUCGUUCUUCGUAAAGAAGGAGGAUUCUCUGCUGAGAGAGGCAAAGAGGAAAAAUUUUCCAAACUCGGCACUCUCACCAGCCAAAGACACCACUCUCUAGAGCUUUGAGCUCUGUACAAAGUGGCAAUUCAAAGUGCUUACAGAUGGAUAAUUGCAGUUCACCAACGGAACUGAAGGGGGCAGUAUAUACCUUUGCUGUCAUAUAUAACAUUUAGUUAUAAGCUUAUCAUGUAUUGAAAUCAGUUUAUUUAAUGAGUCAGUUCAUUCAGUUUAUCAUUUAUUUUAAACUCCAUGCCACGAGUUAAAUAACCAGUUAAAGAAGCAAUAAUUUCGCUUGUCAGUAGGCUAUUUCUGUAAAGCCCAUUAUUAUAUGCUAUUGUUCUGGUAAAUGCAUUCAAUUAUUCCAAACAAUAAGCUAUUUUCAGUGUAUAUUUCAGUAUCACUUACAAAAUAACCGCUGAUUUACAAAAGUCCCAACUGGUUAUUUUAAGCAGUCCAUUCGAAUAACAUAAUGUGGCGAAUGACUAAAUAGGGCCUGUAUCUUCCCCCUGAGCUCACUGAAGUUUACUAGCGCUCCAGGCGAUGCUUACUGACAGCCCGAAGUCUCGAUCAACUAAACUUUUACAAUCUAACCAGCACUCUUUAUGUGAGGGCAUGUGAGUGUGUGUGUGGAAGAGUGAAGCCUGACCUCUAAAAACUCCAUGUAUAGUAAUAAUCUGUUCACAGAGAAACGAGGAAGCUGAAUUCUGAAGGUAGUAAUGAACAGUGCAGUACAGGCUAUAGUAAAUAUGGAGUUCAUUUAAAAGACGCUUUCCUUCCUUGCUUUGUGCCUACGAAAACAGAUCAGCAGAUAAGGCAGAAUGGAUGUUUGCUUUGAAAUGUGACCCGUCUGUUACCCCCCCGCUUCUACAGAAACGGUCUGUGCACACGGCACGGUGCGUUGCCACGACAACCCUUCCCCCUUUAUCACGACAGGCUCAUUUCCUCAUCCUGACAAUGCCGCCAGGUCGCCCACUCAGUGAGCCCGCCCACACUGCGACAGCUCGGCCAAUCAAAGAACACACCCACACAGUGGGCCCGCCCACACUGCGACAGCUCGGCCAAUCAGAGAACACACGAACCCAGCGCAACAACUGACUGCCCACUGACACACUCUCCCUAUGCCGUGAUUUUCUCUCUCGGCGCCUCCAUCUUUUAUCCUGCGGUGUUCUCUCUCUGUUAGCCUGCCUUGCCGUGCAUCAGUCUACUUUAUCUCCAGUUAACCCGACUAACCCUCCCAACCAGUGCUGCCACAAGCACACACUCGCACGAGCAAACGCGCAGGCUCCGCGCGCAAAGCCCUCACCCACGCGCCCUUAUCUCUGCACUAUAUCCUGUUGGUUUGUGUCUCGCCCUCUCCACUGCUCGGGUGCCUUAUCCUCACUCACACAGAUCCGGGGGGCUUUUAUCCGGUGCUUUAUGUGCUUUAAUUCUGCCUCAGUCAGGUCCUCCACAUGUAAACUUCUUAAUUAAAGAAUUCGCGCACGCAUAGUUCGCAUGUCACUGGUUUAGCGAAGUGAGGUUAUCAGUCAUUAAGCUUUAAAUUAAAUUACUUUAAGCCAUUACAUUUUUUCGCUUUUGUUGUUGUUCUCGCUGACCAAACACGGCAUUUCUCUUAAAUGUUUAAGAGGUAAUUUGUGUGAAAGAUUCAAAAGGUAAACACCUAACUACGUUCUUUCUCUGUACGAUCAUCGCGGUUCUGGAGGCCUGGGCAGAGAAGCGCAGCCUCUGGACAUCUUCAAGUCUCUGAACAGCUCUAUAAGCCCUCGCUCGCUGCAUCCGUCCACCGCGCGUUUCUUUUCGUUGGGAGAAGGCCAACUAUUUUUUAUUUCUCUAAGCUGCGCUACGAUAGCUUCCCUCGGGACGGUUCCUUGCAAUUCUCAGGUUUAAUAUGUUCUGUUUUCUUUUAAAACGUGAGGCUA